UUAGGUGAGACUGCCUUAAAUGCGUGUGUAACAUGAGAAUAAACAAUUUUAACAACCAGCAGCUUGCUACAAAACAUAGGCCUACUCCAAGAUGGGUAAUAAAAGCAGAAAGUGUAGUGCAAUUUUAUCAGUAAUUUUACUUUUGCUGCUGUCCGGGUUUGUAGUAUGCGGCGUCUAUCACUACAUCCUCUUUAAAUCCACCGGAGAUCAAUGUGCCGAUCAGUGUUAUAAUGGCGGGAGCAUGACUCAGGAAACCAAAACAUGUACCUGCGCUGAGGGAUACGGCGGUCGGUGUUGUGAGUUCAAGACCCAGACGUGUCACACUAAUCAGUGGAGUGAGUGGACGCAUUGUUCGAAAAAGUGUGGCCCAGGCGGUAUCCAGUUUAGAAUUAAAAAUGUCGUCUGCCCUGUCUGUUCUCAAAAGAUUUACGAGAAACGGGCUUGCAAUGUGUACUGCUAUAACGGGGGAAUUCCAUCGAAUGUUAGUGAUGAAUGCAUCUGUGAACGUGGCUACGGUGGCGAAUGUUGCGAAUGUAAAAUACAGAAUUGUGAACUGACCUCAUGGAACGAGUGGUCAACGUGCACUCAUGAGUGUGGACCGCAUGGGAUGCGAUUUAGAACACGUAAUGUGGCGAAGCCACCUGCUUGUGGAGGAGACCCUUGCCCUGGGAUCUUAACCGAGGAAGAAGAAUGCAAUAGAAAAUGUGAAAACAACAGAACUCUGGACUACGAAGGUUACAAGUGCACGUGUCCAGUGGGAUACAAUGGACAGUGCUGUGCCUGUAAGGUCCAGGAUUGUGUCAUGACCCCAUGGAGCAAUUGGUCAGAAUGCUCGCAGAAGUGUGGGCCGCGUGGAAUUGCAUUCAGAACCCGUGGUGUGCAAACUGCACCCAAAUGUGGUGGAACACCGUGUUCUAAUAUAUUCGCCGAAGAAAAGCUAUGUAAUAGGAUGUGUGAAAACGAGGGAAUUUUGGACUAUGAGGCGGGGGAAUGUAAGUGUCCAGACGGAUAUAGUGGUCAAUAUUGCGACUGCAAGAACGUCGAUUGUGAACUGAACAUGUGGACUGAAUGGUCAACAUGCGAGAACGCAACAGCACGUCAAGUACGAUCACAUGACGUUAAGAGAUACCCGAAUUGUGCGGGGCGCGAGUGUGAAGGGUCACUAGUCGAAGAUCGUUCAUGCGCAGUGGCAUUAAAACGCAAGCUAUUACUCCCAGAAUGGUCGGUGAUAGUGCUCAGUACGUAUGGAGCCAUACUGACGGUGUUUAUAAUUACCGUUGUGAUCUACGUAAUUAGGAGCAGGAGGAGGGAAAUGAUACCUUCUCUGUUUGAAAAGAAUGACAAUGAUGUGAAGGAUGUACAACAGGAUGCCGUUUUCACGAACUUGCCGCCUCUUCCAGAAAAACACGACCAUGGAGGAUAAUCAGCUGAACUGAAUAACCGUUAGAAAAAGUUAUUAUAAUCGCUGUUUUAUCAUUGGCAACUGAUAAUGGUUGGAGUAUACCGACACGUGUACAUCAAGGCCUCUUUAUUAUACACUUCGCCUAUAAUGAAACCAACUGUUGUGCUGUUACAGUAGGCCUAUCUACAAUUAUUAGGCCUAAUAUUGUUGUUAUUAUUUUUAUUGUUAUCAUCAUCAUUAUUAUAAUUGUUAAUAAUGAUAAUAAUGUUAUAUUUAUAUUGCACAUUCUUCUAUGCACUUUACAUAGAAAUAUUAUUCAAACAAUUUCAAAGGGCUUUUGUAGGACUACAAAUACUGUAUUUGUCUUGGUACUUACAGAAAUAAAUUCGGGGUUUUUUUUAUUAUCAUUAUUAUUAGGCCUAUAUUAUUAUUAUUAUUUGUUGAAUACAAAUUAAAAUCCGAUUUUUAAAUUCAAAUAUAUUCCAUUCAAUUCAUUAUUUAGCGUAGGUUAACUAGACACUUAAACGAAAAUAGAAAAUGCUUAGGAAUCUAUUAACGAAAUUGUCAAUUUUAACAAGCAAUUACCCACCCCCUCAAUGUUAGAGAUGCUGCAGAUCUGGAAGCAGCUAGACCUUGAGUAAAAUUUCGCAAGAUUGUAUACUGUAUUAAUUAUUUAUUGCCUGUUGUCCUUUUGAUUGUAGGCCUAACAGCCAGUUCCUUUAAAAUGUUAAUAGUUUAGUCUUGAGUCUUGCUUUACGUGAGUAAGAUUUAUGUAGAGCUAGGUUAGCGUCAUUGUAGGCCUAUUGUUAUAGUUUUGUUUUCUAGACAUUAUUUGUAGGCAUAGGCGUAGA